AUGUUAGUGUUAGUUGAUGAUUCGGAGUUUGAAGACGGCGGUGACGGUGUGAAUUAUAGUGCGAAUUUUGUCACAGACACGUUUUUUCCAACGUUUGAUGAUGCAGUUAAAUGGGCGGAUGUUGUUGCCAUAAAUCAGGGAUUUAUUUUGGUUAAAUCGUCUUACAACAAAACCAGGGAUGGUCGACCGUAUCGAUAUUUGAGAUGUGAUCGGGGACGAAGGAGCAAGCCGAGAGAUCUUAAGAACGCAAUUCGAAAGGACACAAAAACCAAAGGUAAUGGUUUUCCUUUCUACAUCAAGAUAUAUUAUGAGUUCAUCACCGAUAGUUGGAAGAUCUGGGCAAAAAAUGAUGCAACUGGGACCCAUAACCAUCCAAUGAUUGUGUAUCAGGAGGGUCAUCGUAAAAUUAGUAGCUUGAGCCCAGAUGCGAAGAAGGUUGUGCGUGACAUGACAAAGUCGAAGGUUGCACCGCGUAACAUCAUGGCGACUAUUGCAGAGCAAUUUCCUAAUGAUCAUCCAAACAUCAGACAUAUUUACAACAGCCGGAAUGACUUGAGAACGGAGAUGUCUGAUGGGAGAGGAGUUGUUCAACAAUUUCUUCAUUUGGCGAGACAAUUAAAGUCAGACAAGCUAUCGGUGGGUUUUGCAGAGAUUAAGAGAGUUGAUUGGGUAUAUGAUAAGGAACCCUCGGUAUUUUUGACAGACCGUGAGCUUGGCCUGUGUGCGACAUUGAGUGAAGUGUUUCUAGGGACGUCACAUUUACUUUGUCGAUGGCACAUUAACAAACAUGUGGAGGCUCGGAUCACUGAUGUGUUCAAAAACAAGAGGAUCGGUGCGAGUUUCAAAAACGGCAAAUGGAAACGUAUCAUGGAUGCUGCAACCGAGGCGGAUUAUAAUGCUGAUGUAGAUACAAUGAAGGCUCGGUGGGAAAGUUAUCCGGCAAUGAUUAGUUAUGUUGAGAGAACAUGGCUUUGUCAUAAAAUGAAAUUUGUGACAUUUUGGACGAACCAAGUUCUUCACUUAGGUAACACGAGUACUUGCAGAGUUGAGAGCCAAAAUUCGGCUGUGAAGAUGUGGUUUGAAUCUUCGACAGGUUCUUUGGAUACCAUAUGGGCCCGAGUACAUUAUCAUAUUGGUAAUCAGAUCAUUGCAAUUCGUAAUGGUUUGGAGGCGUCUAGGUCGAAGAUUAGUGAGAAGUACAGACAACUGCCACUGUUACGUAUUAACGGCAAGGUGUCUCAACAUUGUUUGAAAGUUCUCGAUGACGAGACGAGAAGGAUGAGGGAGCUGAGUUACCAGGUGUAUGAGCGUUGUGGAUGUGCAAUGCGUGUGACCCACGGUUUACCAUGUGCUUGCCAGAUACAUGAUUCGCUAGUUGCACAAACAGGCUUGUAUAUAAGGAAAAUUCAUCCGUUCUGGAAGACCUUGGUUAUCGGUGAUGGUGUUGAUGUACCGAUAUUUCGUUAA